GUCAGUUGGACAUCGAUUAUCAGAGCCGAUAUCAUCAAUAAUCAGCUCUGCUCAGGGACACAACUUUUACUCGUCGUGCUCGCGCUCGUUUCAGUGCUUACCUUUGUGUGCGCGCGCCUCAAACAGGUUUGACCAGGACACACCUGAAGAAGAAGAAGAAGAAGAAGGACUCAGUGAGCACUCCAUCUUUGACCUCUGCGGACGACGGACGGAUAGAAAGCGGACAAAGGAGACGUUUUUCUUCAUUAAUUCCUUCGAGGGUUUUUACUAAUUUCAUCAUGAAACUGUGGAUUCUUGUGGUCCUCGCUGCCUUCGCGGUGGGAGCAUCUGUUGAGGCCUGUACGUGUGACACUAUGAAGUGGGCCACCUGUGAGGGUACGAAGCCGUCCUGUGCAUGCACCCUUCUGGUGGGCAGUAAUGUCAAACAGGCUGUGGACUGCUCAAAAUUGAUCCCCAAGUGCUUCCUGAUGAAAGCUGAGAUGUACAGAGCCAUGAAAGGCCUGAGCACUCGCACGGGAGGAAAGCCAGUCGAGGCGGCCUUUGUGGACAACGACGGCAUCUACGACCCCGAGUGUGAGAACGACGGCAAAUUCAAGGCCAAGCAGUGCAACAACACCGAGGAGUGCUGGUGUGUCAACAGCGCUGGCGUUCGCCGUACUGACAAGGGAGACAAGAACAUCAAGUGUGACGAGCUGGUGGAGACCUACUGGGUCCGUCUUCAGCUGAAACACAAACCAGUGACAGGUUCAGUGGAUGAAACCAAACUGAAGACUGCCAUUGCGGAUGCCAUUAAUAAGCGUUACGAUAACUUUGACAAGACCAUGGUGGACAACGUUGAGUACGACGCUGAUGCUCGUCUGGUUGUGGUGGAUGUGAAGAAGCCAAAGGAGGAACGCAAGACUGACCUGGGCAAAAUGGCCUACUACAUGGAGAAAGAUGUGAAAGUGCUGCCUCUGUUCAAUAACCAGGAGAGGUUUGAGCCCACCGUGGGCACCCAGAAGCUGGAGAUGGAGAACAUCCUGGUGUACUAUGUGGAUGAGAAGAACCCAACUUUCACCAUGAAGAACCUGUCUGGUGGCAUCAUCGCCGUCAUCGUGGUGGUGGUGCUGGCCGUGCUUGCUGGCCUGCUGGUCCUGUUCUUUGCCAGAAAGCGACAGCGGUACAACAAAACCCCGCAAAGAGAGAUGGACAACAUGUAAACCAGGAGUCUGAAGAUUCAGCUUGUACAUCACCGUUUUGGAUGAACGUUUUUGCAGUGGGAGUGCCAUUUUUUUUGUCUUUAUACUUGAGGAAUACACGUUUUAAAGAUCAACUUGCUUCUUCCUUUUUUUUUUUGGAUGUUGUUAUUGGCACUACUGGAACCGCCAUUUAUUUAUAAAUUGUGUAAAUUCGUAACACAUCAUCCAAUCGAUACGCCACGAAGAACUGUGCUUUUUAAAGUGUGCCUGACACGUGCCGCAUUUUAAUGUUAGUACCUGUUGAAUGGUUUAAAUUCAAAGCUAGGUUGUACAGUUUCUUACUUACUCAUGUGUUUGUUGGAUUGUUUUUAAUAAAAUAUGUUUUCAAAGAC